ACGAACACCGUGAACAAUGAUAUGACCUCGUCUGAUACCUAAAUCUCCCUUCAAAUGCCUUUUACUCUUUUUUUUAUAUUUGUCAUAAAACUCGAAUUUUUUUUUACACAUUCUGGUCUCUACUCCCAUUUUAGCAUUCAUUUCAUGCUGUCUCACAAAUGCUUUGACUGAAAAUUAUACACGCAAAUUUCAGGUGCGUAGUCAUCAAAGGUUCUGGAUUUUUCUCGGCAAUCGGCCAAACAAUCGAAGGAGAAUAAGAAGAGCUCUGGCAAGCUUGAGGUGUGGUUAAUCACUGUGUGGUCAACUCAGAUGGGUGACAAAUUGAGGCAACUAUAAUGGAAAGAAUACAGGUUUGGUCCUCUUCACAUGGGUUAUAGCAAAUCCCUGUGCCCAGCAAACGGAUAUGUUAGUGCCAUCACUAUUAUAUACUUGCAUAAAUGGUUAUUUGAAUGGCGCAAUCAGUGACAAAGGCUAUCCUGUUACAUGCUCGCAUCAUCAAGAGCUAUUCAUCAGUUGUUCGUGCAGCUCCAUUUAUCCAAAAGACUGCCUUAAGAUCAAUCUAUGACAGAGAAUUUGUUCUUAGCUACAACGUCAGAAAGUUUCUAGUAUCGGACCUCUGCCAUAAACAGAAUCAGAAUCCCUCUCUUCGAUAUUUCUCCACAAGUAUCAAGCCAGAAAGAUUAUGUUGGGAAGUAUCCUCUCAUGCAGUUUUGUUGAAGAAGCUUGAAGUUGCUUUGAGGGAUCAUCAAGUGGAUGAAGCGUGGGAAACUUUUAACGAUUUUAAAAGAUUGUAUGGUUUUCCUAACCACUCUCUCAUUGGAGGGUUGAUCACUGAGUUGUCCUACUCAUCUGAUCCCUGCUGGCUUCAGAGGGCAUGCAAUUUUGUUCUAUUAAUUCAGAAAGAGAAAUCAGAUUUACUUCGGUCCGACUCCCUGACAAAGCUCUCCCUCUCCUUAGCAAGAUCUCAAAUGCCUGUUCCUGCAUCCAUAAUUCUCCGAAUGAUGCUAGAGAAAGAGAGCCUACCCCCAUUGAAUAUUUUAGGGAUGGUAAUUCUGCAUAUGGUGAAGACAGAGAUUGGGACAUACCUUGCAUCAAACAUCUUAAUUGAGAUUUGUGAUUGUUUUCACAGUUUAAGUGCAAACAAAGGCACUUCUAAAAAGCCGAUAAAGCCUGAUACGAUGAUCUUCAAUCUUGUUCUUGAUGCUUGUGUGAGAUUUAGAUCAUCUUUUAAGGCCCAACAAAUUAUAGAAUUGAUGGCACAAAUGGAGGUUGUAGCUGAUGUGCACACUAUUGUUAUUAUUGCCCAGAUCCACGAGAUCAAUGGUCAGAGGGAUGAUUUAAAAAAAUUUAAAGACCAUAUUGAUCAAGUCUCACUUCCUUUGGUUUGUCACUAUCAGCAGUUUUAUGACAGUUUGCUGAGUUUACAUUUCAAAUUUAAUGAUAUUGAUGCUGCUGCUGGACUAAUAUUGGAUAUGUAUAGGAGUCAGGAGUCUCUUGCAGCUCAAAAGGGAGGAAGGGACCCGCAGAAGCUUUGCUUUGUUCCUAUUGGAUCUCACAAUCUCAAAACAGGAUUGAAAAUACAAAUUUUACCUGAGCUACUGCAGAAGGAUUCUGUCCUCACAUUGGAAAGUAAACAGGGAUUCGUCUUGCAUAAGAACGGCAAACUUGUCCUCAGCAACAAAGCACUGGCGAAGCUCAUCAUUCAGUACAAGAGAUGUGGGAGGAUUAGUGAGCUGUCAAAGCUUUUAAGCAGUGUCCAAAAGAGCUCGUGUUCAGUAAAAAUAGGCAGUUUGUGUUCCGAUGUGAUUGAUGCUUGCAUUCAUUUGGGGUGGCUAGAGACUGCUCAUGACAUUUUGGACGACAUGGAACUGGCAGGGACUCCCGUGGGCGCUAGUUCAUAUGCAUUACUGUUUACAGCUUAUUACAAAGGAAAGAUGUUUAGGGAAGCUGAAGUACUGCUAAAACAAGUUAAGAAAGCUGGUUUGGUUGUUGAUAUGUCGGAGAAGAUAGCUUUAUCAGCAUAUCUUUCAAAGAUAGAAGAUGAAAGCACCUUGACUUCAAACUCAAUAACUUCAAUUGUAAAACCAGAUAUGGCUGAGUCUAUCAUUCGGGAGAUGAGAGAAGAAGAGAAAUUGGUGCCUUCUGUGGUGUACGAACUCAAUUCUUCUAUCUAUUUCUUCUGGAAGGCCAAAAUGAUAGAGGAUGCUUUGAAGACAUACCGAAGAAUGCAAAAGAUGAAAAUCCAGCCCACAGUGCAAACUUUUUUCAGUAUGGUUUGUGGGUAUUCUUCUUUGGAAAUGUAUCGGGAAAUCACAAUCUUGUGGGGGGAUAUUAAGAGGAAUAGGGAGAAUGGAAAUUUUGUGGUUAACAGGGAUUUGUACGAGUUCUUGCUAUUGAAUUUUCUUCGAGGUGGUUACUUUGAGAGAGUGAUGGAAAUUAUUGGUUACAUGAAGGAGCAUGGGAUGUACACUGACAAGUUGAUGUAUAAAAGGGAGUUCCUAAAGUUACACAAAGAUCUCUACAGGAGCUUAAGAGCAUCAGAAGCUAGAACUGAGGCUCAAAGCAAGAGGCUUGAGCAUGUGAGGGCAUUUAGGAGGUGGGUUGGCAUUGAUUAAACUUCAUUGAAAGUUUUGAAGCAGAUGGCUUGUUAAAAGCUUGGUUCCUCAUGUCUUUGCCAUGUUCAUCUCAUCCUUUGACUUGUACACAUGCAUUCUAGAAAUGGCUUAUCAAGCAUUGUGUAUCUUCCUCUUUGUGUAUCAUAGAAAUGGCUUAUCUGAAUUGACGACCUAGUUUUAAAGAAGCCCAACCAGCUCUCCCUGCCGGGAUCUUCAGAGAAAGUUCAAAGCGCUUUACCAGUACAUGAUACGAGCAGUUGAACUUCACAUUCACAGAAAAACUGCAUGAAUAUGAGAACAUUUUCUUUCCGUCAGUGGUAAUCCAGUUUUUCUGUUUAUGAGAUGCUUUUGGAGAAAAUCGCAGGGGGUUAGGAGAUAAAGAUGCUUACGUGGUUUGCCACUAUGUCAAUGAUGACAGCCACAAGGCCAGCAUCUGAGCUUGUCCAUAUGUUGGUAACUAAGGCUCUUUGAGGUCAAUGCAUCGUCACACCGGUCGUAUCAUGUAUGGCUUCACAACUGAAAUUCUGGUCGUCGAGUACCCUAGAGAGUUGACCAAGACAUGGGAGGUGCUUUGUUUCUGGGCAAUUUUGCUAACCAAAUGAAACUCUUUGCUUGGUA